AUGGGCCUCUUGAAUUUCCUCAAGUUUACUCUCUUAUGCAUUGAUGUUCUUGCCUGGCCUGUAUUUGCUCUGGCCUAUCCUCUAUGUGCUUCAAUCCGAGCCAUUGAAAGUGGCUCUAAAUAUCACAUGAGAAAAUUGGUCAUCUAUUGGACCCUUUUUUCUCUCAUUUCUCUGUUUGAACUUGCUUUCAUCAAACUCAUUGAGUGGAUACCACUAUGGUCUUGUAUAAAAUUCAUAGUCAUAUGUUGGCUAGUUGUGCCUCGGUUUGAUGGUGCUUGCUAUGUUUACCAAAGGCUUGUGAAUCCUUGCUCGUCUGUGAAUCUACGAGCUUUAGUCAGUCAGCUUUGCAGACCAAACGAGGAGCAAAGCCUUACGACAGAAACUCUCGUUGCAGUGACAGAGAGAUACAUUAAAGAGAAUGGUUCCGAAGCCUUUGAAAACCUUAUGAAAAGCAAGCUUAAAUGCAUAGAACCUGAUAACGUUCAGAAAGAUAUCGAACAGCUAGAAUCAAGAGAUAAAAUUGAUGCAGAUACUACAGAACAGUGCAAAGAACCCGAGGUUGCUCAGAAAGACAUUAACGCACUGGAAACGUCAGAGAAAAUUGCAUCAACUACAGAGGAACAGCACGAAGAUGCUAAGAUUUCAGAAAAGAUACUGAGAGAAGAAGCAUAUGAGAGAGUCCCGGAAGUUCCUGUGCAGAAAGUUCAGCGAGAAUGGGCUUGUGCGUUAUGUCAGGUGACAACCUCAAGCGAGAAGAUUCUGAAUAGCCAUCUUCAGGGGAGGAAGCACAAGUCCAAGUGCGAUGAACUAAAAAGAAGCAAACAAGAUACAAAAAGCAGAGGAUCUUCACCAUCUGGGACUCAUAAAUCAAAGCACGGGAACCUUGAGCCAGAAAAGGGUAACAUCGGUGAAGGAUUGAAGCAAAAUUUAAACAGCAAAAUGGAAGAGACAGUUCAACCUCGUGCGAGAAGUGAUCGAAAGAGGCAGGAGCAAACAACACCAUAUGGUGCUGGCAGUAAUCAGACGCUUAAACUGUGGUGCAAUAUAUGUAAAGUAGAGUUGCCGGGUGUGAAUAACCUUACUGAUCACCUUCGGGGGAGGAAGCACUCUUCUAAUAUUCAAAACAUGUUCAGUGGUGAUAAUAAGAAUGAAGUUGGAACAGGUUGGUUUACGUGGAAAGAAUGA